UAUGACUCUUAUAUUACGUACACCACGUAUUUCUGCAUUAUUUGUCGAUGUGCUGUAUGUAAUUUAAUUUCAUUGGUUAGUAAAAAACAAAUUCAAGAAAAUUAAUGAUAAUUAGUAAUCCUCGAUUAUAAAUAUUAAUGCAGCGGAUUACGAUAUUGUGACUCAUAAUUGUAUCGACUCAUCGAUAUUAUUGCAACUUGCUGGACUAUACUGACCAGUGAUUUUAGAACUCACCUGAUUGAUUCAAUUCUUCCAAAUUUGGAGACAUACAUACGAUAUCCUACAGAAACAGUACCAAUAAAAGCUUAAAUUCAAUGGGUUUAGGUUCCAGUACGCAAAAAAUCAUGCCUGCAACAAGAGAAAUGGUUGAUCAAUUGAUCGCUUCAGAUCAGAUCGUUAUAUUCUCCAAAAAACUUUGUCCAUAUUGUAAAAUGGCAAAACAGGUAUUUGAUUCGCUGAACAAAAAAUAUACUGCCAUUGAAUUGGAUGAAAGAGAUGACGCAGAAGAAAUCCAAUCGGUAUUGGGAGAAAUAACAGGUGCGAGAACAGUUCCUAGGGUGUUUGUUAAAGGAGAAUGUCUUGGUGGAGGUACUGAUGUAAAGAAACUGUAUGAUAGUGGAGAAUUACAGAAAAAAUUGUAAAUUCUUGCUACAAACCAUGUACCUGGCAUUUUUAAUUAAAGCACACUUAUAAUUAUAAUA